GUGCCGGCGCAGCUGGCGGCCUCGGUCGGCAGCGCGCAUGCGUGGCGGCAGGACUGUCAGUUCCGGCUGUUUGUUCGGGAAGUGGAUCCGGCCCGGCCCGCCGCCGCCCCCGCCGCCGCCCCCUCCCCGCGCGCUCCGCCGCUGCCGCCGCCCCGGCCAUGGCCAGGGACUACGAUCACCUCUUCAAGCUGCUCAUCAUCGGCGACAGCGGUGUGGGCAAGAGCAGUUUGCUGUUGCGUUUUGCAGAUAAUACAUUCUCAGGCAGCUACAUUACCACAAUUGGAGUGGACUUUAAAAUCCGGACAGUUGAGAUCAAUGGAGAGAAGGUGAAGCUACAGAUCUGGGACACAGCUGGACAGGAGCGCUUCCGGACUAUUACAUCAACGUAUUACAGAGGAACACAUGGGGUCAUUGUUGUCUACGAUGUAACCAGUGCAGAAUCUUUUGUGAAUGUAAAACGGUGGUUGCAUGAAAUUAAUCAAAAUUGUGAUGAUGUCUGCAGGAUACUAGUGGGGAAUAAGAAUGAUGACCCAGAGCGAAAAGUGGUAGAAACAGAAGAUGCCUAUAAAUUUGCUGGGCAGAUGGAGAUCCAGUUGUUUGAGACCAGCGCCAAAGAAAAUAUUAAUGUGGAAGAGAUGUUUAAUUGCAUUACAGAGCUAGUCCUGCGAGCAAAGAAAGAAAACUUAGCAAAGCAGCAACAGCAGCAACAGAAUGAUGUGGUGAAGCUAACGAAGAACAGUAAAAGGAAGAAGCGGUGCUGCUAAUGCCCUUUCCCUGCUGCAGAGACUCUGCUCUCAGACAGAUCAGCCCCUCCAGCUAGACUCGGGCAAUUCCACUGGGGCAGGCUUUGGGAGGACUUUCUCAGUUUUGUGCCGUUAUUUAAAGAUUAUUUUUUCUCCAUGUUUUCUAUCAAGAGGCGCUGGCACCUUACAACUUCAGUGCCAAGAAGGUAUCGGAUGGAAUCUUGCCCCCCUCUCCUCCCCUGCUCAUUCCAGUGCGCCUUGUAGACAAGAAAGGACGUUGCCUACCAAGUGGACUAAUUAACCCAAGAGUUUGUAUAUAAUGUAUAUUGCUUUAACCAGCCUCGCCUCCCUCCUGUUGCUUUGGCUUAUGCCUUCUUAAUGUCAACCAAUCAUGGACUGCAGAGUUCAUCUUUUUAAAGAAAUAGUACAAAGUUCCUAAUUCAAGUUGGCCCCAGGCUGGCAGCAACUGCUUCCUGGGGCCUCCGGCUUCAUUUCUGUUGGGCUCCAGGCUGGCAACUGGUGCCCCUGGGGCCUAUGGCUUCAGCUGGGGCUCAGGCUUUGUUUUCUAGGUACCAGGAUUGCAGGUGUUGCUGCUGGAGCCUGGGGUUUCACUUCACCAGCCCCUGGGCUGGCAGCUGGUGCUGCUGCUGGGGCCUCGAAUUUCAGUUUGCCAUGAUCCAGGUUUGUGGCUGGGUCCUGGGGUUUCACCUUCUUGUGCUGCAGCCCAGCUGUACCUGUGCUCUCCUUUAGUUUGUAUCAAGAUACCGAAAAACAAACUGACCUGUGAAGUGGGAUUUAUUUGGAUAAAACUCUUUUUUUUUUUUUUUUU